GAAAAUAUAAAUUCAAAAUUUCUCGAAUUUGCACGUUGUUUGACCAUGGUUGUUUGACCAUGGCUGUCUGACUUUAGUAUAAAAAGUUGAGAAAAUGUUUAAUACUUCUGAACUUUCUCGCUCCACUCUGUCGCCUUUUACACCGAGAAAUACGUCAAGAAGAAGUAUCAGUUCUCCUGGACAGUCUAGCAGAUUAUUCCCUCGUUCAAGCAGGUAAAGUAUGUUGUUAUUUUGUUCUUGUGUGGUGAAUUUUGAGAUUAAUUUAAACAAUUGUAAAUUGUCAUCUGAUUACUAGUAUAUUGUAGCUUUCGUACAGUUCCGAAUGUGGUUAAUUAUUAUGUAACACUUUCAAAUAAAGCAGUUUGACAGUUUAUGGUUGUCUACAUGAUGCUGCAUUCAGCAUUGAAAUAGCUUUUCAAAUAUUUUUUCAAAUAGCUUAAUUUCAGCAUUCAAUUUUUUUAUAUUAAACCAAGAUAAUCUUCCAGGGUGAAUUUGAGGGUGUAUUUCCGAAAGGUCUUUGCACGUUUUUAGCACAGAUUGAUUGCGGAUCUUGAUUUGGUGCAGAAUGAUCCCAAAGAUCUACACUAACAUACUACUUAAUACAGGCAUUGUUGUAAUAUCAUAUAAUUAUGAUUUCACUUGUCAAGGGGGAAAUCGAGUGCUGAUGCCCAAUGGGUUAAUCAGACUAUCUGUGCAUGUGUCUAGUUAACCAAUUAAGUUGCCUGCACAUCACAUGUAUAUAUACUUUAUUGUUACUCUACCAUGUCUAACACCAGACAAUUUCACUUGUCAAGGGGAGAGUGCUGGUGGUCAGUGGGUUAGAAACCAUCAUAAGGGAAAUAAUUUUCUAUUCAGCUGCCAGAGAGUAGCCUCCUCCGCAGGCAUCUCACCCGAGGAAUCGGGUGGUCCAGAAUUUUUUUUUCAAAACCAAUUUGCAAGCUAAAACCCAUAGACAGGCCUGUGGAGCCUCUAUCACCCUAUUUUACCAGGGCCUAAAAAAAAUACCUGCGGUUCCGGUUUCAUAUUGUGAAAAAAUUAGGGUAUAGGUAGGUCAGAAAUAAAUUUUUUUUUGAAUAUUUUUUUCAUGUUUUUGGCGGUUUUUUGCUGGGCAAUUUUCAGUAGAGUCUCAACAUCAAUAUGAACUAGAGAUGUGCAUUUCCUAUGGACGGAUUUAGGCAAUUUGGUUCAAUAAUUAUUGUGACGCUGUAUGAGCAGCCCGCAACCACCCAGAGAAAAUAGGGUCGCAUGGUCAAUCGUAUUGAAAAAAAUAAUAGGGUCGGCAGAAAAAAAUAGGGUUGGUCGGGCAACCAGAACCACAGGUAUAUCUUUUUAGGCCCAGUGGAGAAUAAAUGUUUCCCUGCAUCUUGCAAAAAUAGAACUUUCAGGUAGUAACAGCAGACAUUCCAACUCUCCUGAUUUUACCGGGAGUCUCCUGAAAAUUCAUGCAAUCUCCCGGUCUCCCGAUUUUUAUCAAAUUCUCCCGAUUUUUCAGAAUAUUCAGGAAAUAUCAUAAAAAAUUAUAAAUAUACUGUUUUUAGCAACAUAAUAGUCUGUCUUGACCUUUUUUGAAGUUGCUUUAUGGCAAUUUAUAGGAUCACUUAUAACAACAUAGUCCCAAAAUGCAGGAAAUGCCAUUUCAGAAGACUUAAUUUUUAUUAUUUUUUCCCCAGAAGAACUAGAUUUCAAUUCACUGAACAGUCUUCCUAAAUUUUACCUCCAGUGGUUGGAAUGUCUGUAACAGGCAAGAAAAAAUAUUAAUGACCUGGUUUUUCUAAAUGUCAAUGACAGAUCAAACACUCCAUCUCAGAGGCCGUCCAUUCCAGCAAGAGUUAUAGAAGAAACACCUCUACAUCGAGUUGAAACUUAUGGACUUGCAUUACCAGUACAAGUGAAUGAAAUUGUCGCUGCAGCCAAUGAAAGUAUGCCUGAAAAGAUGUUUUACUUAAUGUAGUGCAUGAAUUUUGAAAUUUAAGCACUACUCAAUUGGAUACUAGCAACUUGAAAUCUGAUAUCCACCCAGAAAAUCUGCUAUCCCUAUGUAAUGAUGCACACUAGCUAAUACCCAUUGGGUCUUUCCUCUUGGGAAGGAAAGACCCUGGUAGGAGCUGGUCACAUGAUCUGCUAGAAUAUAGCAGAUUUUUAAUUACCUGUAGCAUUGGUAUCUACAUUUAGGAGGGGUGACAAUGUAGCAGUUAACUUUUGCCAUGUGUACUAUAUGUGUUGUUUGCUCAAAUAAACAUGAAAUACCCAAAAGUGUGCAUUGAUCAAUGCAGUGCUACUAUUUCAUACUUUUGCACCCAGAGAUCCCUUGCUGAAGACUAAAGUUUUCUUACAUUAUAAAACAUUAUCAACCUUGUGGCCAGGGUCUUCCCCCUUGGGGAGGAAAGACCUAGGUAGAAGCUGGUCAUGUGAUUUGCUAAAAUCCAGCAGAUUUUUAAUUCUAGAUAAAUCAUCAAAGUAAGGUUGAUAGCUCUAACUUAGUAUUAAUGUAUUUUACUCUCAGGAACUCCUCCUGUCAGUGUACAUUUAGAUCCAUCAGGCUGGGCAUGGUUGGUUUUUGAACGAAGAUUGCUAGUUUGGCGAUAUCAGUCCACAGAAAAAUCAAAGGUUUUCAUUAUGAAUUUUUUACUUUGUAAUUUCCACUUGGGAUGGAAUGGCAUUUGUUGUAUUGUUUGGAGAUUUGGACAAAACGUUUGGGAAAACCUCAUCAAGAUCAUUCCUUAAUGUUUUUAAAGAACAAUAUUCAUAGUUCUUUUUUGAUUGUUGAGAUUUUAAAACAGUAAGCUCUCUCUGACUGUAAAGUGCAGGAAAUGCUGUCUCACAGACUGUAAUUUCAAAAUUGUGCCAGAAAUUAGUAUUGCUUGGGAUCUGUCCAUAGAAUUUUGUAUUGUCCUCUUUUGCUGCAUGGGCAGCUAUCAUAUAUAUUUGGGUUAGUGUUACCUCAAGUGCCAGAGGCAACCCUUAUAUUAUGGCUUAUGCAUAAUACUGUAUUACAAUUUGCAACCCAAAAAAGGAUUACUGUAAAUGUUAAAUUUGCAUUCUAAAGUCAAUUUCACAUUACAGUAAGAUUAUUGAGUCAGGAUGUACAAUUUUUUCUUCAUUUAAGGCAACAUUUUGUAAAGAGUUUGUACUACCACCAACAGAACUAUACCACAGUGCCAAACUAGUGUGCUUGGUUGGUGCGCCAGGUGUAGACUCUCGACAAUAUGGAGUGCUGGCUGUCUCACCUGAAGGCUUGGUUUGUUAUUGGCCAAGUAUGAUGUAUGAAAGUAGUCCCAUCGAAACUGAAACUGAAUUGGUUGGACAAGAAUUUCAUUCAUUAGUUGAAUUCCAGGUAAACAUGCCUGCAAGAUAUCCUGUGCAAUAAGAAUGGCAACAUUUGAAAUAACAACAAACUUCCAUUUGGUAAUUGACUCAUUUCACUGUUUUACAUUACUUUUAUAGCCUCAUGGAUACAUCCUGUCUACAACAACAAAUGAUAUCCUGUUGUUGUCUAUUCAAAAGGUUUGCAAGUGUCAAAUAAUUGCAAAAUCCAUAUCAUGGUGUUCAUACUGUAGGUUGUACAUAAUUAUCUUGCUCUAAAUUGUUUUCUGUCUUUGACGUUUCCUUUACUAAUGUCAACUAGAAAUCUAUCUCAUUUCAUCGUUUCCGACAACCUGGUGGAGUGCUUUCAGGAUUUGGUCGAAGGAUGUCGUUGUUCAUCUUUGGUGGAGAAGAAUCAAGUUCCUCGGUUGGUUAACAGUUUAGUUGUGUUAGGCUUUAGUGAGUGUUUACUAUGCAGAGUGUAAAUAAAAGACAAUUAUUCUAAAAUGGGUAAAUAUUAAAAAUUUUCGGCAUCUCUGAUUUUUUAGGUUCUUCGUAAAAUCGUGGUUGAAAAAAAUAGCCAAGGAUCUUCAAGGUUUGGCAAUAUUUAGUAUUCUGUUUUUGAUAUUACUCUGAGUGUAUAUUCACACCAGGCAGGCUGAAAAGUUAGCCUGACCAUGGUGGGAAUUGAACCUGCGACCUUUGGGAUACUAGUCCUUGUAGCUCAGUUGGCAGAGCAUUGGACUAGUGUCCCAAAGGUCGCAGGUUUGCUUCCCACCAUGGUCAGGCUAACUUUUCAGCCUGCCCGGUGUGGAUAUACUGUACACUCAGAAUAACAUCAAAACACACACAAAAAAUAAUAUUUAGUAUUGUUGCUUUAAUUAACGUUUUAGCAUUAAGGAGUGCAUAGACCAUUAUAGAUAUCCUGGGAGUGGUUGGCAGAUCCCAAAAAAACUUUCAUGCAAACAGUGGAGCUUGAAAAAAAAUCAUCAAGCAUUUAGGGAAAGAAAAAAAGAGAAAUCUAUAGAACAAAAUCCUGCACAUGCAGCUUCUACACCGUAAAAAAGUUCGACUAAGCACCAAACUUGCAAGGGAGAUUUUCUCUCCCAGAAUAUUUAAUGGUCCACUUCUAAGAAGCGUUUUUAGUGUCCGCCAUUUACAUACUAGGGAACUUUAGUCUUUAGAUUCGCUACGGCUACGAAAUCUGGUGCGACUACGAGAUUUUUCCCGUUAAAUAUCUGCUACUACAGACUUUUUAUCGUCCUUCUUUUGCAUACCACAUCUUUAUAGCAACAGUUGCGCCAAACCAAGUACUAUUAUAAGUUUUUAGUAGCUGAUAUUUAAUGGAAAAAAUCUCGUAGUCGUACUAGAUUUCGUAGCGAAUCUAAAGUUCCCUACUAUUACGAUCUAAAGUUCCCUGCUAUUACGAUGAAGACAGAGACUAAUCCGCGAAAAAUUCAGGACCAUUCAGCCGUUCAUUUCUUUUUAUAUGAAGUUUGCAAAGAGCUUGCAGCUCUUUUUCGUAACCAGUGUGUGCGUUAGUUUUAUAAACUAUAACCUGCUUGUUUCUCAUGCAUGAAGAAGAAGAAACCCGUAUCUAUCCUUUAGGUCAGUAUUUUUUUGCGUAAUAAUUAGUGAUUUAGCUAUUUUGUCAUUUGGCAUUGUCUUGUUUUCAGAAGCUUUUAUGUUCUCUCCGGAAAUACUCUUCGCAAGUGGAGUGUAGAAAGUCAAGGUGGCAGCAUUAGUGAAAAGGUGACUCAUAGAGGAACUGUUUUAUGUUUUAACGAUGUUAGUUGCAGUUAAUCUGUGUAAUUUUUCAAUUGUGAAUGUCUGAGCAAAACAAAGCCAGGGCUGUAACGGAAGCUGCGUACUGUAUCUUUGCCUUUGGGAAACGUCUGUUAUCAGAUGAAUUAUUUUCUUCUUUGCCCAAGGGCACCUGCCAUCCAGGCUCAACCAUCUGUAUAUUGUUCUUAUAGGACGAAUCUUGUUCAGUAAAUUUGAAUCACUGAUCGACAAUGUUCGCUUGUUUGUUUCAGACUGAGGUAGACUGGAAUGUUGGCGCUCUUUUUGACCAGAAAACUUCACAAAGAUUUCAGGUUUACAUAAAUAUUAUUUUAUGCACACAGAAUCGUACAGUACAGUGGAGCAGUCCGCUCUAUACUGUGUUAUUCCAGUCUUUGGCAGUUUCUUUUAUAUUUAAUUUUACUUUGUUAUUAGGUUGGAUUGGAUAAAGUCAAGUCUUUCUGUAUUGACGCUCAAGAAUCCAGGUACAUGCGUAAACCAACUCCAAAAAUCAUGUGGAAACCGUGAAGCUACAGUAGCUGUUUAACAACUCCAAAAAUCCUAUAGCUAAAAAAUAUCUGCAGCACGUGCACUCUCCUCUCAUCCUCCACACUCACACACCAGAAAAUUCUUGAUUUUGUCUCUAUGGAAUAACAUUUCCCUAAUUCAGACAGCACUUAUCUCUCCAAUAUAUUUCUUUAGUUCUGGAAUCUCAGUCUUGUCAGCGAUGCUUGUACAAAAUCCCGAAAUUGAUGAAGCACGCAUGUAUUAUUUUCUUGGUAUGUUCAAAAAUGUUAGACAGCACAGCCGCCUUGUGAUCCUCUUUAGAGGGGUUAGUUGAACAGGAAGAUAGAUGAAUAAAAUUAAGAUUUUGUAUUCUUAUAGUAUACAAUUUGUCAUACUGCAGUAUCAUUCACUGAGCUUUAGGAAGCGUAUAUGUUUGAGUGAUUAUGGGAUGGGGUACUGUAAGCAAUGAAUGAUUUCAGCUGUAGACGAAAUUUUGAUCUGGACAAGAAGAACGCAAUCCAUUACCAUCGCUGGAACGCGCAUCUUAAAAUGAGUAAAAUUGCAAAGUUUGGUUGCGAAUUAUUGUAAAAUGAGGAAAAUAUAGCCCUGUGAAGUUCGCUAAUUUUGUAUAUAUUUGCAUUACGCGCGGGAAAAAUAAUCAUUUUUGAGCCGAAAGUGGUAAUUUUUUACCGCGCGUAAUACAAAUAUAUACAGAAUAUGCGAACUUUACAGGGCUAUAUUUUCUUAAAUUUUACAAUAUUUAGCAACCAAUCUUUGCAGUUUUACUCAUUCUAAGACGCUCUUUCUAGCUGUGGUGUUGGAUUUCGUUCUUGCCUUGAUCAAAAUUUAGUCAUUUAGCUGGAAUCACCCAUUGGUUCAUUGGUUGUAUCGCACGCAACAGCCAAUCACCUGUGUGAUCGUUCUUUUCUUCGAAAGGCACCAUUGAUGUUGACGAAGAUAGUGAUACACUUGGACGCUUUAUUUCCUUUGUACAACUCAGAUUUGCUGAAGAAUAUAAGGUGGGGAUCGCGUACUUGUCUAUCGUAAGUAAUUCUAAGGGCCUGAAUCUUUCGUAUGUACCGCUAUAUUUUCCGUAUUUUACAACAUUUCGUAACCAAAUUUUGCGAUUUUACUGAUUUUAAUAAGUUCUUUCCGGGAAUUUACUUUUUUUGCCUAGAUCAAAAAUUAGUCUAACAUGCAAGUUGUCUAUUGUCAAGCAAUACUCUAUACUGAAUAUAGAUUUGUUUAUUUCUUGCAGGAAGAGCUACAUCAAAGACUUGUGGAUUUCCACGUGCUUAUCCCAAACACGAGUAAACACGCCUUCUUGUAUAGCGAUAAUAUUAUUGUCCCUUUUUCAAGUAAGUAAUAUGACAUUGCAAGAUUACUUCCAAUGAAAUGAGUCCUUUAAAAAAAAACAUGACCAGCCGACAAUUUAAAAAAAUAAAGUAAAAAACAAAUUCCGAAAAUACAGGACAUCUUGAGAAUUCAAUAUAUAAUUCAAAACAAGACGCAGUUUGAGACUGUAAAUUUUCGACUUUAUUUCAAAGUCCUCUUCAGACAGAAAAUCAUUCUGUCUGAAGAUGACUUUGAAAUAAAGUCGAAAAUUUACAGUCUCAAACUGCGUCUUGUUUUGAGUCCUUUUAGUGAAUGUUUUUUUUUCAUACUUUUUAAAAUUUUUGUUUGAAGUUAAAACUACUGAUGAUGUGUUGAAUAAAGUAGAAUUUCUCGCAGAACAAGAGGCAAUCUGGGGGUCUGGUAAGUGUACAAACACGGUCUUAGUCCAGUUGUCUUAUGGACGGCCAUCCUAGAAUUUGGACCACCACAUAAAAAAACGGCUUGUGAACGGCUGAUUAUAAAUGGAAAUCGCCCGACCAUGGGUAUAUUGAUAGAUGAAUAAAAGAUAAAUAGAAGGAACACAUCAUCUAGACAUUGCAAGUAUUUCUGGAAUUGAAAUUUUCAUUCUGUCGUUCAGGCUUGUUUUUAAGAUUGUUAUUUUCUUGUAUCCAGGCUUUUCAGAAGAUGCAGCGUUAUUUUUCGUGAGAAAACAUGGCAUUGUCAAUAUAACAGCAACAACAAACACUGAAUCUGAGAGGUGUGUGACGCUUUCUUGGGAAGGAAUGGGACAUAUAUUAUAGUUCUAUUACAACAGAUAUUGAUGCCCCAAAUCCUCCUCCAUUCCAGAAGCUAAAACCUCCAGGGACUUCGGUGGCGCAGUAGUCUGAGUACGCGCCUUCCACCUCUGAGUUCGUGGGCUCGAUUCUCGCUACGGACUCAUGUGAAUAGAGUCAGUCAACGCUCUGCCGAAAGUCGUGGGUUUUCUCCGGGUGCUCUGGUUUCCUCUUACAGGGAAAGUUGACAGGGUGGAUUAGGAUAAACAUAAUUAAGAAAGUAACAUCACAAUUGUUGUAAAGAUAGAUAUAGUCUAGGGCUAAGUAAGUAAAUGUAAGCGUAAUACUUUGAUGUAAUCGGUCACUGAAAAGCCCCAAUGAGGAGUGAGCUGAAUAGAGUUUACGCAUGUACGACGGCGGCGUCAGGACGAAGGCUAAACAAACUUUUUGAAAUAAAUGAUUGUAUGAAAAUGUUGUCCUGCAUUUACUUUAAUAUGAAUUUAAUACAGUUUAGAACGAGUAAAACAGAGCUUUAACCUUCAGAGCAAUUUUGAUCAACGCUGUUAGAAAAAUCGCAUGCCACGGCUUGAAAUGCUAGCGUACUUUACAAGACGCGAAAAUAUGCAUUUUGUCGUCGUCAACAGAGCAUGGACGACGUCUGAAACUCCAGAUAUACUUUUAAUUAUCCAUUUCUUUUGUGCUAUAGGAUUAAUGAUAUUGUAUUGAUAGCCGUCGUCCUGAUGCUGCCGUCUUACAUGCGUAAACUCCCUAAUAAUACCACACCGUAAACUGUGCUUAAAGCGCAUUUACAAGCAGUGGCAGGAUCAACUCACAGUAUAACAUGACUAAUUUGUUCUUUCUUUUUCUACCAUAGUGAGACAGUGCCUCAAUCUGUUGCACAUCAGGUAAGUUUGUUCUAAAUAACUCAAGCUUGUUUAUUUUUUAAUAAGAAGUACCAUUACAGUGACUCAAUAUUAAUAUCCCCAUGGGCGUUCUUUUGUUGUUUAGCUCGCAUCUGAUACAACAGUACGGGAAGACAAAGUCAGCGGUGGUGAUAACUUGACUACCUUAAGAACGGCAUUUCUACAGUUUUGCCAAGGAAAUAAGGUGAAGUGCGGACUUAUAAUAUUUUAAAUUUGGUUCUCUGCUUGGGCUAUUUUGUCAAGAAAGGGAAAAUUGGGGAAAGCAAAUAAAAAGUACAGUGUGUGUUAUCAGCCACGGUGCCCUAUGAUGUCAUAAUUGUAAAGGGAAAAGCAGUGUUUUACAAUAUACUACACUUUUAGUAUUACAUAUUAUCCAAUACUAUCGCAGCUAGGAUUUAUAUUCUCAGUAAAGCAAUCUUGUAUCAAGAACUUUUAAGGGCCUUCGUUUUUGGGGGGCCCCUUUUGAGCUGGGGGGCCAGGGCAAAGUGCCCCUUGGUGCCCCUGUGCACUCACAUCCUCGUUUGAUCGGAGUUUUGAUUUUACACGAACGACAAGUACGCUAGAGCUGUAAUACUGAGUGAAAGCCUAGUGAUUAUUAUAUUAUGUUGUUAUAUAGGAUCAAGCUCAAACAAUGUGUGAAGACCAAUUUGAAGAGAUCACACAGCGCGAAGGUGUUUCAAGCUUAGACUCUGCAGUUGUGAAUGUCAGUCAAGAAAUUAUUGAUGAUUAUCCUGCCUCAGAUCCCAGAUGGGCUGAGGCUGUUCCUGCAGGUUGGCAUACAUGUUUGAUAGUCAAGAAAUGAACAUUGCAAAAUAUGCCUUUGAGUAGUUUGACUCAAAAGCUUUCAGGAGUGAAAUAUACUGUAACUGUUAUAGUUCUCUGUGAGUAAAGUGAGUAAAUAUAACUGUAAUAGUUUUUCUGCCCGUGCAAUUUGCCAACCCUCAUGAAAACGCCCUGGAUUUUAACAGCCUGUAUAAUGCAAACCAAUAAAUUAAAACUGAAUAUACUGUAUGUUCUUUGACAAUGUAUAGAUUCUGGCUCGUCGUCAGCUUCUCUCAUCAUCAUUCAUCAGUUGGAAGACAAACUCAAAGCGCACGACUACUUCGUGCAGUUUUUGAAAGAGGUUUUGCUGUUUCAAAAGGUUCGAUAUUUAAAUGCCUGUUCAAACGAGACCAACAUGUUGAUCGUCAUGACUUUUUUUGAAGCGAGCAAUCGUUUGUAGUAGCCAGACUAACAUCAUUAUUGCAUGCAAUAUUAUUGACCUAGAUUAAACACUACGAAGGGUAAUAUGCUGCCUGAUGUUGGAUUGAGUUUGACUUUGUUUAAGAUUUUCAUCCAACGUUGUGCAUCAUCGUUGGAUCAACAAUAUUGGACGAACAAUGUUGGACUCGGGGCUUACAUUGUGUAAAUUUUAAUUCAGCACCCUUCAAGAAGAAAAAUAUUCUGAUUCAUCAGAUGAUUGUGUGUUUUAUUACAGCUCACCACAGUUCAGCAGUUUGGAAGAGUAGUAAAUACAAGACAUUUAUUGUGUAGUCAUGCCGAGAAACUAAAGUUUGCAAUAGCUUUGAGACGACAACAUAACAAGUAAGUAGCAUGCUAUUUGCUUUUGAUAUAUGCAUGUGCUUAUGCAAACUGUUAAAGAUGCAUUUUUCGCUAAUAACUCGUGUAGGUCUAACGAUGUAUAUCAUUUUCACUCGACAUUUUCAUCUUCAAAAAACGCUUCAAUAUUUUAGUUCUACCGAGUGAGAUGCCUAAAUCCUGAUGCUUCUGUAUUGAUGUUGUCAAUGAAACGUAUUGUCAUAUUUCAGAUAUCAAGAGUUAGUGGAUGGUGCAAUUGAGUUAGCUAUGAAACACCGAGAUCAAGAAUCUGCUCCAAAAGGCCUGACUCAGCAAGACCUGUUCUACCGCGAGGUGACUUUUCUGACUUCCACCUGCCUGCAUAUUUCAUUGGAAAGCUUUCUUAAUUUAGUGCGAAAUUUGACUCCCACUACAUGCAGUAACCACAGUAGCACCCCCCCCCCUUCCCCCUCCCUUUCAAUGUUGUGUGUAGUGUAUUAGACUUCCAAGGUUUUACGCAACAUUGACAACUUCCAAGGUGUUACGCAAUACUGGGCAUAAAAUGCGCAAGAAUGUAUAUGGCGCCAAGGAUUUUUGACCAAGAUUGUACUGUAGUUCCUAUGGUGAAAAAGUGUUGCUUUAACUACUACAGUAAUAUUCGCCAUCGUUAUCUUCACUCGUGCAAUGGUUAGUGCUCCAGUUACAUAUGGAGUUCACUGACUUAACCUAAUCAUUCUUGCUCAUUCUUGAAUCUUGCAGGUUAGCCGUAUUUCUGACGUCAUUUCCGGAUUAUUAGAAUGUGAAAAACAUAAGUUGUCCCAACAACCAACACAGCAAGCCUAUCAGGAGAUUAUAAUGGCUGCAAACAACAUAUUGGAGGUAAGAUAUAUACAUGUAUGGAAAUCCAUGUGUUGGCCAGUUUGUUUCCGACGGCACUGGAAACGUCGCUGGUUGGUUUAAUUAGGCUUUCUCACGCCGCCAUUUUUGGGUGGCUUUUCAGCCGAAGUCUGCGAGAUAAGUCCACAUAACAGCGACUUUUUAUAAAUUUUUUGACGAAUGAUGGUAAAUUUGCUUUGUAUAGUUUAUUCUGAAUAAUUGCUUUUCACAUUGUUUUAAUUGUCUGCAUCGGUUAACGAGAAUUAUAUGCCACCCACUCAUCGUGAGAAAGGCUAAUUAAACAAAAGCAAACUCGUGACAUUCUUCAUGUUUCUUUCCCAGAGUGCACUAACAGAGGCCUGGCAAUAUCGACAAGCAAGCGAGGAAGUUUACACAACGUCUCGGGAUGAUGAUAUUGACGUGGAGUUUUUACCAUGGACAGGUACGUUAACACUUGAUGAUAAAAGUUUUAAAAAAUGAAACUAUAUAUCUCUCAAUUAUAUAUUCAUUUCUUCCACAUAGAAGAAAAGCUAUCACAUACAAUGAAAAAAAUUAAGUUUGUUUUGCUAUAUUUUCUUACUCCGAUAACUGCCGAUUAUUCUACGUGGUAGUGUUUAUCAGUGCCGCCGAGAGGUUGCGCGGGGUCUGGGGCACCAACUCCUUCUCAGAGGCACAGAAUAAAGAUCAGUAACAGAAGGGCCACUCAGCGGUGCAACGUGUCCUCGUUUUUUUAUGCAAAAAUAUGCAGUUUACUGGCCAGAAGGCGGAGCAGCCAGCCAGUACAGCGUGUUUAUUGGCCAGAAAAUGUCAUUGACUGGCUAGGAAAAUGGCGGCCAACACGCGUAAUGCGACAUGCGCGAGGACAGAAACAUCAAAGCUUCCGACGUAAGUGGCCCUUCUAUAUGGAUCUUUAUUCUAUGUCAGAGGGCCCCUAUGUCAUCAUUGUAAAACGGGAGAAGCGAUGUUUUACAUUAUAUUACACUUCAUUGCAUACUUAUUGUUAUAUCAUGGCUGUAUCGGACUUGUUGGAACAACUUUGAAACAAAUCUGGUAAUAUCAACAAGAUUGUUACAACUGUUAAUUUAACAAGUUGUUCCAUACUUGUUGACAACUUGGGACAAGCUGUGAGAACACAACUUGUUGACGGCUUGUUGGCAGAUUUAUUACAACAUGUGUGAUCUUUGCGUGUAUACAUAGAUGGCAGUUAGUGAAAUGCAGGAGUUUUGUUUUUUUAACAGCCUCAAGCGGACCUGAAGGAACCAGGACACUACUGUUGGAACAGGUUUGCUAUUAAGAUCAACGUGUCAAUAUAUGUAGUAUUUAACAAGCGGUAAAAUUGAGAUAUACAGUAUAAUAAAUAUACCCGAGUACAAAAAUCCACAACAUUUUUUAAAUUUUAUUUUAUUAGCUUGAAGUUUCCAUUGAAAGAGCACUUCCGUUAGCUGAAGACCAAAAG